GUAGUAGUAGUAGUAGUAGUAGUAGUAGUAGUAGUAGUAGUAGUAGUAGUAGUAGUAGUAGUAGUAGUAGUAGUAGUAGUAGUAGUAGUAGUAGUAGUAGUAGUAGUAGUAGUAGUAGUAGAGGGCAGUUGUUGUUGUUGUUGGUCAAGUAGUAUGUUUUGUUUUUAUUGUUUCAAUAUACAAAAAGCAAUCCAAAGGAUUUUCUAUUUUUUUACGCAGCAUUGUCUCUCAAGUGCCAGUCAUGUGGCUCUGAUGACGUUCCUUGUGGUGGUCCUAAUGUAACAAGCAUCAACUGUGAGGCCUUUUCAGAUCGCUGUAUGACAGUUACCAGGAUGAAGAAUGUUACGAUUGGGGGGCCAGAAACCGUUAUAAUGAAAAAUUGUUCACAUUCUAAAAUGGUUUGUCAAGAGGAUGGCGCUGGCUAUCGUAAGUGUCAUACACAAGGCAACUUUACGCGAAGGGCCUGUGGUGUAUUCCAUCCUGAAAGAGGGUCCCUCCCUAAAAAUAAACGGGCGAAAUAUUAAACGUAGUCGUGCCAUUUUGGCACGCCACUUGUCACAGGCUCAUCUCGGAAGGCUCUAGUCUGAAAUGUCAUACGUCUCCACCCCCUCACCCGCGCCCCCACGGGUUAGGGGGUGAAGACUAGGAAGCCUCCCGGAAACAAAGGAGCUGUGACAAAUAUUAAGGGAUCAUGACGUAAAGUAAGGAACAAGUGACCUAAAUACCGGUGAACAAAAUGAGACCGGUGAUAAAGAUAAAACUGGCCAGUAAGACGCGUUGCAGUUAGAUCUCGGAGGAUACUCCCAUAAACUUCAGAUAGGUGUGUACCACCCAUGGUCUUUCUGACCGUGACCCUUUUAAAGAUAAGAAAAAGGUAAACUUCUAUUUAGACUAUUUAAGGCCCCAACCCGAAAAAGUGACACUCUCUUCGAGGGGAGGAAAAAAAAUGUACAGACUUUAUUAAGUCGUUUUCCUAAUACUCCGAAGGAUUGCUCAGUUUUAACAAAUAAUUUAUUUCUCCUGUAGCUGGAAAUUUACGCACUUGAAUUUUAGCUGUCAGAAUUUAGAUACUCUAUCUAAGAAACAAACUGGGAACACAAUGCCAAAAUGGGCAAAAAUGAUACCCUGUUGAAAGAUGGAGACCCUCAAAAACCACACCCUAUCUGGCAGCACAUAUCUAUCUAGCCCAUAUACGGGAAUACCCUUUCCCCCCCCGGAGCUAGAUGCAACAACACUGGCGACCCUAACAAAGGGAUAAGAACGAAUAAAAUCCCAUUUGUCGUAUGGCAUCAUUGAGCUUUUUUUUUUCAAAAGCCCAAAAAGGGUAAGGGUUAGGGUACGGGUAAAGGUAAAGGUUUAUAAAACUAUAACAACAGAGCUCGAUUCUGUGAGUAUAUAGAAAGCGGAACAGUUGUCUAUAGCCAUGGAAGGAAAAUUGAAAAAAAACUGUGGUAUGUGAAAGGUUGAGGGUUUCUGCGAUAGGUGCUGUUCAAGGCCCUAUACAAAAUUCUUAAUUUAAUGAGCCGCUAGGAAGGCAUGGAUUUAUCUUCUUUUCACUAAUGUUACUCAGGCUAGAGAAAAUAGAGAAAAUAAGGAGCGCAAACUCUUACUAGCCUGUUGAGAGCCGUUUUAGAGCGAGCAAGGAAAAUUUCUCUAAAACCUUUCUUGCGAAGCCUGGAAUCAUGUUGUUCCGCUCCUACUCCGCGCAAAAGCUGGAGCUGAUUUCUUGACGUCAUCGAACUUAUACCGGAUUUUGUGCGAGCUAGAACAGCCGGAAAACUCCCAUAAACUGAGAAGAUGUUGCAAUGUCUCUAGCGAGUUGUUGGGAAUUAAUUUUUCCUCCGAAGUGUCUCGGCUUUACCGCGGUGCCCGUCUUGAAAGAUUCAAAGUACUGUAUUUUUGAGAAUUAGGUACAAUGCAAUGCAGUUCAAAAUGUAAAAAUAUUCAUCUCUAUCUCUCCCUCUUCCGUUUAUUUUUGCAGCUUGCAAGCAAACACUACCUUCAAAUGAAACAACGUGUAGAGUUAAUUGUUGUGAGGGAGAUAUGUGCAACCAAGAAUCGUCUGGGGUAGUUACGCCAACAGCAACGGUUACUAUGCUAGCGGCAUCCAGCAACGUGUCAACAAAUGUUUCGUUGUCAAGCAACACGACAACCCCCACCCCUGAGGACAAUGAGCCUCCAUCCGCUGGCGUCCCAGAAUUCAGUGCUGUUUUUAGUUCCAUUUUCCUAGGAUUUAUGGCGGCGUUUUUGGCCACAUUAGGCUAA